AUGGAUAAAGGGUCAAGUGAUCUGAAAAUUGAAAACAAAUGUAAAGAAGAGUACAAAGAAAAGCAGGAUAUAAAGGUAAAGAAGGAAAACCUGGAAAUGCUGGAAAACCAAGGAAAUCCGGAAACCCCGGCUAUAAGCUCUAAUAAUAUUGAUCAGCAUGGCGACAAUGAUGAAUGCGAAGGAGGGUCAAAAGAUCUGAAAAUUGAAAACAAAUGUAAAGAAGAGUACAAAGAAAAGCAGGAUAUAAAGGUAAAGAAGGAAAACCUGGAAAUGCUGGAAAACCAAGGAAAUCCGGAAACCCCGGCUAUAAGCUCUAAUAAUAUUGAUCAGCAUGGCGACAAUGAUGAAUGCGAAGGAGGGUCAAAAGAUCUGAAAAUUGAAAACAAAUGUAAAGAAGAGUACAAAGAAAAGCAGGAUAUCCAGGUAAAGAAGGAAAACCUGGAAGUGCCGGAAAACCAAGGAAAGUCGAAAACCCUGGCUUUAAGCUCUAAUCAUAUUGAUCAGCAUGGCGACAAUGAUGAAUGCGAAGGAGAGGUUAUAGAUCUGACCAAGGAAAAUCCGGAAGAUCCGGAAAAGCCGGCAACCCGGGCUGUGGACCCUAAUGAUGGAGAAUGUGAUUGCGACGAUGAUGAUUGUGUAGGGUGCUUUUGGCCCUGCGAAACAUGCUCGUCAAACAAAUGUGGACACGAAUGCCGAACCACUCGAAAAUGGAAAAGGUAUGAAUCGUGGAUAAGACAAGGAAGAAGUAACAAUUAA